AUCAUGUCUUCGCAGUCGUGUGCAUUAUCUACAUUUCAGCAGUACUGAUUAAAUGGUCGAUUAAGAGAAAGCAGUGGAUACGUGCCUUAGAGCAGUUUCCUGGACCUCCUGGUCACUGGCUUCUUGGACACGUUCCAGAGCAUUAGAAACCUGCUGCUGUUCUGUCAAUGAUACAAAGGAUCAUGUAUGCCUAAAAUAAUUCAAAGACACAGACACACAAUUAUUUAAUAGGUCAAUAACUUUGUACUUCAGAUUUUUUUUACUAUCAACAUUUGUUUAAGCUUGACCACAUUUUUUGCAGUUUAAGCAAGAUGGAACAGAUUUAGAGAAGAUACCCAAAUGGGGAGAACAAUAUCCUUUUGCUUUCCCAAUGCAGUUUAGCCCAGAUAUUAUCUUUCUGUUUGUCCAUCAUCCAUCUUAUGUCAAGCCCAUACUGGCAACAACAGGACCAAAGGAUGAUUUUGGAUAUAGAUUUCUCAUCCCUUGGAUAGGAGAAGGUUUACUUGUUACAGAUGGACAGAAAUGGUUUCACCACAGACGACUUCUCACACCAGGAUUCCAUUAUGAUAUUUUGAAGCCUUAUGUGAACAUAAUGACAGAUUCAGCCAAUGUUAUGCUGGACAAGUGGGAAGUGUAUGCAAAAACAGGGCAGACCUUUGAACUUUUUCAGCAUGUUAGUCUGAUGACAUUGGACAGCAUAAUGAAGUGUGCAUUUAGCUGCCAAAGUAACUGUCAGACUGAGAGGUCCAACCCAUACAUAAAGGCAGUGUAUGAGCUGUGCAACCUGGUGAACCUACGAUUUCGUAUCUUUCCGUAUAACAAUGACAUCAUCUUUCACCUGAGUCCACAUGGCUAUAGAUACAGAAGAGCAUGCAAAAUUGCACACACCCAUACAGAUGAAGUCAUAAGACAGAGAAGAGAAAUUUUAAAUAAUAAUAAGAAGAACCAGGAUGAUGCUCAGAAGAAGAGAUAUUUAGACUUUCUUGACAUCCUUCUCUGUGCUCGUGAUGAGCAGCAGCAGGGCUUGUCAGAUGAAGCCAUCCGAGCAGAGGUGGACACUUUUAUGUUUGAGGGACACGACACUACUGCCAGUGGCAUCUCCUGGAUAUUCUACAGCAUGGCCUGCAAUCCUGAGCACCAGCAGAAGUGCAGAGAAGAGAUUCAGCAAGUGCUAAUGGGAAAGGAUACUAUCGAAUGGGAGGACCUCAGUAAAAUACCAUACACCACAAUGUGCAUUAAGGAAUCCCUCCGUAUGUACCCUCCUGUUCCAGAAAUUGGACGAAUGUUGAGCAAACCUAUCACUUUUUUUGAUGGAAGAACAGCUCCUGCAGGUUGUGCUAUUGGAAUCAGUAUUUAUGGAAUUCAUCACAACCCUACAGUUUGGGAGAAUCCAAAGGUGUUUGAUCCCCUGAGAUUUCUGCCAGAAAACACUGCUAAGAGAUCACCCCAUGCCUUUGUGCCUUUCUCAGCUGGACCAAGAAACUGCAUUGGCCAGAACUUUGCUAUGAAUGAGAUGAAAGUGGCCGUGGCUCUGACGCUGAGGAAGUAUGUUCUCAUCAAAGAUCCAGACCAUAUUCCAAAGAUGAUCCCUCGAUUAGUGCUCAGAUCUCUCAAUGGUAUACACCUCAAGAUCAAAUUAGUGGAACAUGAACUUUAAGAAGAUACAAAGAGUACAUAAUAAAUAUACAUAUAUUUUUAAUUAUAUUUGCCAAAUUCAUGAAUUAAAUUCCAUAACUAAAGUGCAUGUAAAAACCUCAUCAUACAAAUAGUAAGCAAUAUUAAUGCACUUCUAAUAAUUCUCUUUGAUUAAAAAAUUAGAAAGAUGAAUAAGAAAGAUGUAUAUGAAAUCACUGUUCAUGUUUUUUAACACUUCAUAGCACCUGUCUGGAAGUGUGGUGUACUGCAAUUUUUAAUGCAUGGAUGUAACAUGCAACAUAUUUUGUUUUCUGCUGCACAUAAGACACAAAAUCAGAAAUAGAAGAGAAAAUGUACUGUGUUUUGUGAAACCAAAGCAAAAAUGAUUGCAAUGUUCUUGUAAAAAUGUUCUGACAUGCUCAGCAGGAGUGAACUGUAAAAUACUUAAAAACCAUCAUGCAUUAUUAUGUGUGGUCUUGCUGUCAUCUAGUGUCUGAAGUCAAGCAUUACAGACAUGUCAUCUUAUUUGUUAAAUAAUUAUUUCUAUCUAAUGAGCUAAUCAUUAUUUUUCUGUUUUUAAAUACAGUUUAUGUUUCAUAAGCACAUAUGCAGUGGAUUUUAUACAAGCAAAGCAACAAAUAAAUAGUAAAUAUAUAAUCGGAAUAAGUUGAAUAAUUGAAGUAACGUUUCCUUCUCCUCUUGUAUGCGGUGUUGAACUCUGUAUUGAUCUUUCAUGAUUCAAUGACAAAACCUGUAAAAGAAUGCUGUUGAGUGAUUUAACAGUAGUAAUAUGAACUUUAAGGAAAUUUGAAAAUAAACCAUAAAAGCUCAGUGGUCCCUUC